AUGUCGUUCCAAACACCUCCCACCCCUGUUUCGUCUCCCGCCACAAGCACUAGCUCCAAGUCAACUUCGAGCUCGAGCUCGAGCUUCCAGUCAUCUACUGGCACAGUUUCUCCUUCCGCGUCGCCGAGGUCUACAGCGCCGCUGAGCCAGGACGACUUUUUCAAGUCCAUAGGCUCGCUCAUCGUCAACGGCCCAACCAAGGCAAAGAAGCCGGCGCGGCUCUUCCAGGAUCCUAACGGCUUCCCAAGCAAUAAGGUCGUUUUCUCUGAGUUUGACUGGGAGAAGAAGACUUGGGCGCCUUCGCUCAGGGACCCUCCUCCGGGUUCCUACCCCCGCCCUUGGCAUUGGUGA